AAAGGGACGGGCAAAUGGACGGCUAUAUCGGCGCUGGAUUAUGGAGUUCCCGUUACACUGAUCGGGGAGUCGGUGUUCGCGAGGUGUCUGUCCUCUCUGAAGGAGGAGCGGGUGAGCGCCAGUCGUAUUCUGAAAGGGCCGGCGACUACUAGAUUUAGUGGCGAUGAGACACAAUUCAUCGAUGAUAUUAGAAAAGCACUGUAUGCGUCGAAAAUCGUGUCGUACGCCCAGGGAUUCAUGUUAUUGCGAGAGGCGGCCAAACAGUUUGGUUGGGACCUGAACUACGGA